UGUGCCGAUUAUAUAUAUAUAUAUAUAUGUGUGUGUGUGUGUAUGUGUGUAUGUAUGUGUAGAUAAGCAGACAGCUGGAUUAUAUUAUAUAGGAAUGAAGUGCCUCAGCAGUUGGAACUUCCGUUGAAUUUAGAACUGGAGAAAUGUUUACCCAUCAAUAUGAUCUGAGUAUAUGUAUGUAUAUAGACUUUGACCGAAAGUCACGUAAUUUCUAGUUAGGAUUGAGCUAUGUCUGCCAAGAGCCACAUCUGGUUACAUCAAAUGAGAAAAUACAUAAACCAUAAGCAUACUCUGUAUUUCGGUCUUUAUGGCCGAUAAAACGCCGCGCGCACAAACUGACGCAUAUGAAAGUACAUAUAUAUAUAUAAGUGUGUGUGUGUGUAUAUAUAUGAUGUAGGGGCUGGAGCGCUGCUCGCUGGUCAUAUAAAAGAUAACGUUAUAAACACCAGCGGAAGAGUUUCCGACAGCAGUCGACAUUCGAACGUCUGCGUUUAUACAACGAGAAUUCGUAAGGCAAAGCUGAAAAACCGUGGAAAUAUCAUGCUGAAAUCGUUGUUUAUAAUUGCCACAAUCCUGAUUGCCGCUGUGCUGGCAUCGCAGCAGCUGGAGCAGGACCAGCGGCAGCAUCACAAGCGUCAGCAUGUGGCCACACAUGGCGGCCAGCUGGCGGAACACAAUCAGCAACACAGCAUACAGGAUGCGGCCAAGGAGCAUGUGAAGCAUGGUCGCAUCAAUGUGCCACUGGCGCCGCAUCAUUCCAAGACGCAGCGCAAUGGCAGACGCCACAAGUCGUCCAGGAGCGGCAAAUCCUCAAAGGGCCAUCAGCAAAAGGCCCAUCAUCACAAGAAGCAAGCGCACAAGGCGCAUGGACACGCUCGCCGGCACCACUAGAGGCCGCUUUACAGCCUCCAAAAACAAAAACCUAACUUAAUUUUUUGCAUAGACUAAAACGCAAACAUUUCGAUGCCACAAAAUUGUA